AAGGGGAACGACCUGAAUUCGAACUUAAGGGAUAAAGCCUUCUCGGGUUUCUCAAGCCAUCGCUAUAGGAGAUUACAUGAACAUGGAAGAUUGUAAAGUUAUCUAUUGUUUCUAUUUCAUGUUUGUGUUCACUAAGCCUAUGAAGGCAGCCUGAUAUAAAAGCUUAUACCACCACUUCAGUCAAAACCCUCUGCCAUUCAAUAACCACAUUCGCACCAUUUGUCAUUCACACUAUGCUGCGCUACGACCUUAAUCUUCGGAUUUUACCACCACUUCGGUCAAUGUUGUUUUUCAAGGCUGAGCAGAGUCCAUUAAAAUUCAAGUUGGUCACAAAUAUUUACAAGACCCUGAAGACGGUCUUGAAGAACAUCACCGCACCAACACAGUUGCGCUGCGCCAUGAGCUGUGUAAAAGAAGGAAACAGGUGUAGCAGCUUCGUAUUUCAGGCGAAGACACUUUCUUGUGUGAUAGGUUCAACUGUAGUCUCGACCCCAUCGGCAAGAAGCGUAGAACAUACAUUAUACUGGAUUGAACAACCUGUGGCUUGCCCAAAGCGAAACUUAACAUUGGUUACAAUAGACUCACUAGACUCCUGCCUGUGGUUUUCUUAUCCUGUAUUGGCCAAUCGUUCAGAGGCGUCACGUAAUUGUACAUCCAACGGAGGUGAUUUGAUUUCUGUCCGCUCUCUGAACAAGCUGGUGGUGCUGAGAAACUCGACUUUCAAUACUAACCUUUGGAAUGUUGGUUUCUUAUGGAUCGGCCUGAUGUUUGACAAAGUAAACCAAACGUAUUACUGGGACGACGACGGGAGCGAGAUCAACAGUGACUGGCAGAUAUAAUUCUUUAAGAAUGCAACCAUUUUAAGCACCAACGACACCUGUGUUAGCUACUAUGCUAUUAUUUGGAAUUCGGCAUUUAGAUACUUCUGCAAUAUGAACUUAAAUUACGCUUGUGAAAUCUACGUAUAAAUGCUACGUUUGGACUACUAAAACAUGGCAAUUUAUAUUCUAUUUCUUUCUCAUAAUUAAAGAGACCACUAGAUCUAUGUUCUUCUUUAAUACGUUUUGUUUUUAUUUUAUUAUGUUAUUUUCUUGUUUCGUGCAUUUACUAAAAUAUUAAUAUUAUUUAUAACGUUUUAAAUACGUAUUUUCAAAAUACAUAACAUUUACAGCAUGAUGUGUCAUCGGUAUGUACAUACGUAUACAGAGCUUAUAUUAAGUCAUUCUGUCUGUCCGGUACACAUUUGGAAUAUGUUAUUUUAGAUACCUAGGCAGUAUCAUAGAAAACAAUGGGGAUGCUUAAGAUAUCGUGGCCGAAGAGGAAAAGCAGGGAGCAUUUCACAAAGGCUGCGACCUAUUUGGACAAGCCAAACUAUUUGACUUGAGAUAUAAAAAAAUACACCUACUUAACACAAUAGUUAUUCCAACAGCAACGUAUGCAUGCGAGACAUGGAAGUCAUCUGCUGAAAUUGAGAAAAGACUAAAUGUGGCUUAUAAAAAAAUGGCUAAGACGGAAGUUAAAGGAAUCAGGUCUCAAACAAAGGAAUCCUAUACCUGAACUGGGACUGAAGUUGCAUGAGGUUUGUGGGACAUGUUCUCCGAUAAAAUACCAAGUGUUACAAUAGCAUGGAGACUAUUGGAGACCAAUGCGAGGAAAGCGCAAACAGGGACGUCCUCGUACAACUUGGCGCCACAUUUUCAUGAAGGACCUCAGAACAGUGGGCACCAGGUGGGAAGAAGUUUCAGACAUUGCCAGUGAUAGAUUUUUAUGGAGACUACUUGUUAGUUUGAUACCAAAAGUGAUAUUUAUCCUUCAGUAUUAAGAUAUAUGGCUAAAUAGUGGGGGUUUUGUUCGCUUAGAUAAUUAUACAAGUUAUUUCUACCCGUUCUCGGAUCAAGUUGAAACCUCGAAAAUGUUGUUUUGUACUCAGCAUAAACUGAAUCUCAAACAAGGGAAAUAAAUUGUAGUUGAGUGAAGUGGUGGUAUUAAGCUCUAGUUCUAGUCUUAAGCUCCUCACCAGUAGAGUGGUUAGUGUGUAGGCUUAAGCGGACUGGUCACUACCAAUGUGUCGCGAAUGCGUAGACUGCUGGGUUCGUGCUUCCUGGAGUCACACGUGACAGACACAGACAUUACAGAUUGACUCAAGUUCUCUUUGGCAGACAAAUAUAAUGUUUAUUUAAUGACGAUAAUAACAAUACUGCACCUUAUUGGCAGUUACAUCAAGACUUCCGAUGUGAAACAUAAUUAUAUCCGCAUAACAGCGGUAUUGAAUGUCCAAGAUGAUUAGUUACAGAAUAAAACACAAGUAACGUCCGCAUCACAGCGGGUAACAAUAAUACUUCAAUAAUACAUAUCCAACUCUCAGUGUAGAGAAAAACUAAUAGGAAUAAAAAUAAUAAUAAUAAUAAUCUUUAUUAUCCGAAUAUACGUAGUGUUCACCUAGCCCAAAAGAUACUACUUAACUCAGAGUUACAACUCGACUAAAACGCUACUACUAAAAUCAUACUUGACUGCCUCGUACAGAGGAUAACACUUGACUCUCUUUGACUGCCUGAACUGACCGAACUGCAAGUCAAUUUUAGUCAUUCUACUUCCUGUUUUCUACAUCAGGAAUUCGCGAGUCUUUUCAACGUCUUACCAAGAGGUGAACAUUCAAUCAGGCAAUGUCAACUGAGUCUGGGACAUUCAAUCAGGCGAAUGUCAACUGAGACUGGGACAUUCAAUCAGGCAAUGUCAACUGAGACUGGGACAUUCAAUCAGGCAAAUGUCAACUGAGACUGGGACAUUCAAUCAGGCAAUGUCAACUGAGACUGGGACACCUUCAGAGUUGAAGAUAAUUUACUUAUUUACAGAUAAGUGAAAGGAUCAUAGCGUACAAUAAGAGAUGUUAAAAUAUUUCUAGUCGCACAGAUUUAUUGUUGUUGGUCUAGAUCUAUUACAAAUUUAAUUACAUGACUGAUCAUACAAAUUGAUACAA